CAAAGAUCACGGAAGCUGGCAAGUCCCUCCAUGAUCCAGUAGGGAAGGUCAGCGCUGCGUUUUGCACUAGAACUCCGGCUUGCCUGAAUGUGAAAACGGGGCCUCUCUGGGAACCCAGAAGAACAAGAUCAAAAGAAGGCCCGAACCCCUCCGCAGGGCGAAGCUUCGAGUUUGCCAGGAUGGCCUAUUAAAUGCCUUGUGGAUGCGAAAGAAAGCCUCUCCAGGCACGAUGGAGGGGAGAGGCCCAUCGAACGGGACGUCCGCCAACGAGAGUUCAGUGUGCCUCCUUCAAGCAGACUUCCAGUAUUCCUUCUUCACUGCUGUCUACAGUACAGUCUUUGUUUUGGGCCUCUUGGAAAACACGGGGGCUUUGUACCUCCUGACCUGCAGGGCGGCCAGCAUGCCCCGCUCCUUCGUCUACCUCGUCAACUUGGCCGUGGUGGACACCUUGUUUGUCUGCGUCCUGCCAUUCAAGAUCCACUAUCACCUCAACGGCAACGACUGGAUCUUCGGCGACGUGGCCUGCAGCCUCACCGGCAGCAUGUACUUCGUCAACAUCUACCUCAGCAUCGCCUUCUUCACGUGCAUUUGUGUCGACCGGUACGUGGCGGUCCUCCACCCUUUUGCGUACAUCAGGAUCAAGAGCGGCCACUACGGGAUGGUGGCGGUUGUCCUCUGGGGGGUGGCAGCGAGCAUCACGAUUCCGCUCAUCCUGGGAGGGCCUCUGACCUUCCGCGAGAGCAACAGGGUUGCCUGUUUCGAAAGCUUUGGAGCAGGAAUUUGGAGAGGCCGGAUGGUUCCUUACAACGUCUGUGCCCUGGUGUUUGGGUUCGCCAUUCCCUUUGUGGUCAUCUUGAUCAGCUACCCUCUGAUUGUUCGGCGCAUCUCGCGCAUCCCCCGCAGCGCCCGCAAGAAGAAAGCCCUGGGGACCAUCUAUCUCAUCCUCCUCAUCUGUACGACCUGCUUCCUUCCUUACCACCUCACCCACUUGUUCCACUUCCUGAUGCGGGCCGGCCUCAUCCGCAACUGCCGCUUUGCAGCGUUCAUCUACAAAAUGCGCCGGGUCACCUUGGCCCUGGUCAGCUUCAACUGCUGCUUGAACCCUGUUCUGUACUAUUUCACUUCGGCCGGCCAGCGGUGGCGCUGGAGGUGGCGUUUCAAAACCCCGGCCACAAACAUCUACACCAUCAGUGGGAGACACAACUGCAAGCACCUGUGCGCUCGAGAAGUGCGGCUACGGGAUGGUAUGGAGGGGGCGACGUUGUCAAGAGCGCCCAAACAGCAUGGCGGACUUUAA